AUGGAUGAUGCUUCUGUUGAUAAGACCGAUUAUACAUUAGCUCACUUGAUGCCGAAAGUUGAAACACAGCAGGAGCAGUUCCUAACGAAAUACCCAGAAUACGAUGGUAGGAAUAUUAUUAUUGGCAUACUGGAUACAGGCAUUGAUCCAUCACUUCCUGGAUUACAGGUGACGAGUCAUGGACUGCAAAAGGUGAUAGAUGUAAUAGAUUGUACAGGAGCCGGCGAUGUGGAUACAUCGAUAGUGCGUACAGCGAUUGAUGGUUAUGUUAUCGGACUUACAGGAAGAAAGCUAAAGAUUCCAGAAACUUGGGUAAAUCCAAGUGGUAAAUAUCAUCUAGGAAUAAAGCCAAUUUAUGAACUAUUCAGCAAAAAUUUGUUGGAAAGAAUAAAGAAAGAAAGGAAGGAAAGUCUUUUUGAGAGCGGGCAGAAAUUAGCAUUGGCCGACGCAAUGCGUCAACUCGUUGCGCAUGAAGAAGCAGUCGGUGGAACAUCCGAUAAAAUAAGCGAUAAGGAAGAUAGAGAAGAUCUUUCUAGUCAGGUAGAAAUAUUAAAAAGUUUGGAAAAAAUGGACGAUCCAGGACCAGUUGCAGAUUGUAUUGUUUUUCAUGAUGGCACGAAAUUUAGAGCUUGUAUAGACACUUCAUAUCGUGGGCGUUUAAGCUUAACACCUCUGCUUACCAGCUACCGUGAAAGCGGUAAAUAUUAUAAGCUCUCCGACAAUGAUAUGCUGACAUUCUGCAUCACCAUACAUGAUAAUGGUAACUUGUUAGAAAUAUGUGUCCCUUCCGGUACCCAUGGAUCUCAUGUCGCAAACAUUGCCGCUGCUUAUUUUCCAAACGAACCUGAGAAAUCUGGUUUAGCUCCUGGAGCUCAGAUCGUUUCUCUUUGCAUCGGUGACCAUCGUCUAAAAAGCAUGGAAACCGGUACUGCGCUUACUCGGGCUCUAAGCCGCUGUGUUGAUAUGGGUGUACAUCUCAUCAAUUACUCCUAUGGUGAAGCAACGAAUUUCCCAAAUUCGGGUCGUAUUAUUGAGGCUUUAGAAAGGGUAGUAUGGCGACAUGGGAUAUUAUUUUUUUCAUCUGCGGGAAACUGUGGUCCAGCUUUAUCAACCGGCGGGUGUCCGGGCACUACUACUUCAGUUAUAGGUGUUGGUGCAUAUCUUUCACCAACAAUGAUGGAAGCAAUGUAUAGUAUGCGUGAUAAGAUACCUCCAACAUUAUAUCCAUGGUCAUCCAGAGGACCAACGGCUGAUGGAGCAUUAGGUGUAUCGAUUUGUGGUCCAGGAGCUGCUAUUACAAGUGUGCCUAAAUUUACGCUGAAAGCGAGUCAGCUAAUGAACGGUACCUCAAUGAGUUCACCGAAUGUUACAGGAACUGUUGCAUGUUUGCUUAGUGCUUUGAAGGCACAGAACAUUUCAUGGAAUCCAUAUUUAAUUCGAUUAGCGCUGGAAAAUACUGCCAGAUUACCAAAAGAUCAAAGUCGUUUUGCAGUUGGCAGCGGACUGUUGCAGGUAGAUGAAGCGUACAAUUUCAUCCAGGAACAUUAUUCAUUAAUUUCGCCUUUGCUUACACAUUUCAAAAUUAAAAUUAAUGAUGUUAGUGCCCGUGGAAUUUAUUUACGUGAGCGAUAUCAAACAUGUUGUAUUAAUACAUAUGUUAUCGCUGUGCAACCAAAAUUCAAGCCGGAGUCAGAUAAUAAUGAAAAAAUAGCAUUCGAGAAACAUUUAGUGUUAACAUGUGCUGCAUCUUAUGUUAAAUAUCCAAAGCAAUUCACAUUAAUGCAUCAGGAGCGAGAAUUCACCAUAUCAUUGGAUCCGGUCGGUCUUGAAGCUGGUAUUGCUCAUUUCACUGAAAUAUGUGCUUAUGACUCGGAGAACAUUUCACUUGGUCCAUUAUUCCGUAUACCAAUAACUGUGAUUGUUCCGCUAAAGUUGGAUGAUAAUUCGCGAUAUACAAUAAAACGGAAAAUGCAGUGUAAGCCAGCUAGUCCGGAACGAUUUUUUAUUCAUGUGCCCGAAGAUGCCGAUUGGGCUUGUUUGAAAUUGGCAUCAUAUGGAACUCAGUUACAAGCAAAAUAUAUUGCACAUAUUGUCCAACUUUUGCCAGAUACGGCGUACCGGUCAACUGAAUUUCACAAAACAAUAUCAUUGGAACAAAAUCAAGAAGAGCGGUUGGCUGUCGCGUUGCGCGGCGGGCGUACUAUGGAGUUAUGUAUAACCAAAUGGUGGUCUAAUUUGGGCGAAGCGAUAGUGGAAGCUGAAUUAGUAUUUCAUGGUGCCGUCCCGUUACCUUCUGUAUUAAACAUGUUUUCAACCGAAACACCAUUCCAUUUUAACGUACGUAAUUCGAUGAUGAGAUUUGAAGAUGUGCGACCGGCCGUAACAUUCCGUUAUAUCUGUCAACCAUUUCGGCCAGCGGAAGCAAAAGUGCAACCUCUUGGACCACGCGAUCUCUUUUUCACUGGCUUGCAAACUUUUCGUUUACUUCUCACUUAUAACUUCUCUUUACAAAAAGCAACCGAUGCAUAUGUUGAAUUGCCUGGCAUAACCGACUACCUCUAUGAAAGUGCAUUUGAUGAUGUACAUAUUAUGAUUUUUUCUUCAACAAAGCAGUAUAUUGGAAGCAGUGCUCCAUAUCCAGAUCGGUACGUCCUGAAAUUGGAGAAGGGCGAGUACCGCGUUCGUGUACAGAUUAGGCAUGAAGAUGCAUCACUAUUAGAGAAAUACCGUGAAACAAUUUUAAUUUUAAGGUUGAAGCUUCCAUCAGCAAUCAAUUUGGAUUGUUUUUCGGAUUACGAAAGUGCAGUAAAAGGAGAAGGGAAAAAAUUCGGUACUAGGAAAAUGAAACCAGGUGAAAUUAGCGUGAUAUACAUUGGUCAAAUUCCGGAAGAUAAACUUCCUAAAUUUGGCUGGCCUGGUUGCUACUUAACUGGAGCACUCUGUUUAUCGGAUGUGGAAUUAGCUCGAAGUCAUGUGCACUAUCAAGUAACAUAUGCAUUUCCAGAAUGGAGUCAUAAGCUGACCAAAACUGUUUCAUCGGUUGCUUUAGCUAAAAAAAAGGAAGACUUUGCACCUGAUUCUAUGCAAGCUAUGAAUGAAGCAUUGCGUGAUUUUUACGUACAGUGGUUAGGAAAAUUACAAGAUGUUGUGGAUGCAAAUGAUUUAUAUGGUCAUUUGAUUGCUGAGAACCCAAAAAAUUUGCGAAUCAUGCAGGCUCAACUAAAACGCUUAUUCGACCAUAAGUAUAAUCCAGAAAAUCAUAGUCGAAUUCUGGAACUGGUAGACGCAAUUCUAGAUGCAGCCAAGCCGGAUGAAGUUUUGAAAUACUUGGGCUCUAAGCAUGAAAACAGUGAAAGUGAUAUUAUCAUCAGAGCAGAUAUGGAAAGUCGUAAAAAUGCCAUUAUCGAUGCCUUAGUCAUCAAAGCAGAUACAUUGGUUGAUGAACAUUUGGCAAUUAGUACUCAGGAAAUACCAAAGUCUUUCCGACAUGGUUUGAAUGUUGAUGCCAGUACAAAGACCGACAAAACUUCAUCAGCAAGUGGAGAGCUUACUAAAAGGUCAUCAAUCAACGAUUUUCAGUUGAUAGAAGAUACGAAGAAAAAGGAUACAGAAGACGUUGGUGUUGGUGUUGAUGGAGCAGGCGAUUUGCUAGCAACACUAGAAUCGGAACAAGUAACUGAUAUUUUACCAACAGCUAUCGAGACUGCAGAAUCGGAUCAGACAGAAAGAACUGUAAAAGUUACGCUGAAAGAAAUCGAUGCUGCAUACUAUGAAGUUUUAAAAUGGUUGGAAGCGACUGAUCCAAAGGUUCUGAUAUUAUCUGCAAAACAAGCUGUUGCACAUACCCAUUAUGGUCGAGCACUGAAAUAUUUGAGAAAGGCGAGUGAUGAUAAAAAUUUCGCAAAUAAUUUGAUUGUGGAAGCGGCAGCUGUUGAGCUUGUGGAACAACUCGGCUGGGUGCAUAUUGCAAACAACAUGCGGAACCAAAUGAUCGUCAAAUAUCGCAACGACUAUCGUCUUUUUUGAAAUGUAGCGUAACCAUUAUUGACACUCAGUACCUUAACCCUUUUUGGAAGUGGAAUUUACAUGAAAUACGCGGAGUGUAUUUUCGCAUUCGUUUUAACUUAACCCUGGAACUGAUGAUAAUAGUGGUAUUUCCUAGUUUUCUUUUUUUGAUAUCUCAAAGGGAGAUUUCAUUGAUUUUUGUGGAAGGUGAGAAGUUUUUGGUUUAAGUGAAAAGUUUUUCUUUACUGUUCUCUUUCACAUGCCUGCUUUUGAAUCACUGUCGGAUGAGAAGUCUCAUAUCAUCAGUUUAAUUAACAAUGCGCUUUCCUCUUGUUUUAGCUUUUCUCGUUUGCUCUCUUGUUUUUCGGUAAACUGAC